UUGUUUGUUUGUUUGUUUUGAGAAGAAUGUUUCCUUUGUUUAUCACAGUACCUGUACCAGCACCAGUCAAUCUCAGACUCACAGAAGUAACAAAGCAAAGUUUCAGAGGCACUUGGGAUCAUGGUGCUCCAGAUGUGGCUCUGUAUAGAAUCACCUGGGGACCAUAUGGUGGAACAGAAAAGAUGGAGACCAUCCUGAAUGGUGAUGAAAAUACUCUGGUUUUUGAAAAUCUGAACCCAGACACAUUAUAUGAUGUCUCUGUUACUGCCAUCUAUCCUGAUGAAUCUGAAAGUAAUGAACUGAUUGGCAGAGAACGGACAUUACCGGAAAUAAUUACAACAACACCAGCACCGAAGAGUGGCCCACGAAACCUUCAGGUAUACAAUGCGACUUCCAAUAGCCUGACUGUAAAGUGGGAUCCAGCCAUUGGCCGAGUGCAGAGAUACAGGAUCACUUACCAGCCCACAACUGGGGAUGGCGUUGAACAAUCGGUAACUAAUUUUUAAAGACUGUAGUUAUUA